CAAAGAGCUACAAACAUAGAUAGACUGAACUAAGAGCAACCUCACGCCACACCAUGCAUGCAAACAAGAACCCAGCUGUGAAUGUUGUCGGCACCGACGUCGAGGUUGACCUCUACCCGUUCCUGCUAGGGUACAAGGACGGCCGUGUCGAGCGGCUGCUGAGCAGCCGUUUCGUGCCUGCGUCCGAGAACCCGACAGCCAACCGCGGGGUGGCGACGAGGGACGUCGUCGUCGACCACGGCACCGGCGUGUCGGCACGCCUGUUCCUCCCCACCCGAGCCGCCAUGGCCGGCAGGAGGCUCCCCAUCGUCGUGUACGUCCACGGCGGCUCCUUCUGCACGGAGAGCGCCUUCUGCCGGACGUACCACGGCUACGCUACCUCCCUCGCCGCGAGCGCCGGGGCGAUCGUCGUGUCGGUGGAGUACCGUCUCGCGCCGGAGCACCCCAUCCCCGCGGCCUACGACGACGCAUGGUCCGCGCUCAAAUGGGUGGCGUCCCUCGCCGACCCGUGGCUCGCCGACUACGCGGACCCCGAGCGCACGUUCCUCGCCGGCGACAGCGCCGGCGGCAACAUCGCCUACCACACGGCGGUGCGGGCCAGCCGAGCCGGCGGCGUGGGCGUCGGCGUCGGCAUCGAUGGGGUGAUCAUCGUGCAGCCCUACUUCUGGGGCGCGGAGCGGCUGCCUUCCGAGGCGGUCUGUGACGGCGCAGCGGUGCUCCCGGCGCACAGGGUGGACUGGCUCUGGCCGUUCGUGACGGCGGGGCAGGCCGGCAACGAGGACCCCCGGCUCAACCCUCCCGACGAGGAGAUCGCGUCGCUGACGUGCCGUCGCGUCCUGGUGGCCGUGGCGGAGAAGGACACCCUGCGGGAGCGCGGGUGCCGCCUGUUCGCCCGCAUCCGCGACUACUACGCGCGCACCGGCGGCGAGGCGACGCUGGUGGAGUCGGAGGGCGAGGACCACGGCUUCCACCUCUACAGCCCGCUGCGCGCCACCAGCAGGAGGCUCAUGGAGAGCAUCGUGCGCUUCAUCAACCAGCCGCCGGCGCCGGAGCUGGACGGCGGCUUGCUUUGGCACGCAUUGGAUGGUAAGAGGAUUAGGAGGUCGUCGACGAUGACGGCCCCCGAGCUUAUCAUACUAGGCGUGCCCAGCAGGCCGUUCAGGGACAUUUUUGGCUAUGGGAUGGACAUGAAACAUCAGCACUGCAGUGGAUCGAGCUCGACGACCUGCAUGGCAUACGGUACAUCGAAAAUCGGAGGAGGACGUGGCAAAGCUGCAACAUCCAAGAAAGCAAACUAUGGGCUGUUUACCGGCCCAGUGAGGCCUAACAAGGCCUACAAGGGGCCAGCAGCGGCAGCACUUCCCGGUGGCACUCAAGCUGUAAAGAGCUACCUCUAGCCGUGGGUGUGUGUUAGCUGUCUGCAAAUGUGGGUCUAAUUGUGUUUCUAAUAAUUUCCCGACAUUAAUGUAUUAUCAAGGUAAUGAUAUGCAUGUACUAUUGUAUGGUGUAUUAAUAAAAUAGAAGUGAAGAAUUAUAUUUGUAU